UGAAAUGAACCCUGCCAGAUCCUUUGCCUCUGCCAUGUUCAAGAGGAACUUAAUGAACCACUGGGUGUACUGGGCGGGUCCCAUGAUCUGUGGCACUAUGGGUGCCAUCAUGUACGACUUCAUGCUCUUCCCCCGCAUGUGCGGCCUGGCAGAGAGGAUGGCCACCAUGAAAGGGGCAGCCGCCCCCCCGGAGGCAGGACACCGAUGGGGAUCCCAUCAAGCUCAAGACCCAGGCCCUAUAAGCCUGCCGCCCAGCCAGGGGAAGGACGGCCCAGCCAGGCUUAUUAUAGUAGCCCCCCAACUUCUAGCAACCCAGCUCUCCUCUUCCAACGCACUCAGUAUCUACACUCAUGACAGGGGGGUGAUCUAGAACAGUGAACUUGGACAUGCAUAUUUUUUCAUUUCAUUUUCAUUACCUCCGAGUACCUGUAUGAUCUCAACAAUUUUGUGACUGAGUGUUCGCUGCAUCCUUUUGGACUUAAAUCAUUAAAAGCAUGCAUGGGU